CUACUGUCAGAAAAAAGGAGCACAUAUAUAAAUAUUAUGGUUAACUAAAAAAUUUGUAAAUUAAUUAAUAGAUUUAAUAAAAUAUCAGCGAAUAUCAGGUCCCAUAAUCAUCGUGAUCAUGACUGAAGAAGUGCUACAAGAAUGGUUAAGUGAAUAUCAAUCAUUGGAUCCCACACAAUUAAGGUCCUUUGCGGCCGAACAAGAACAUAAUACGGACGUUAUGCUAGGUAUAUUUACAUUAUUCGAAGAACGGAAUAAAUAUCCUCAACUGGUGGAUCCAAUUUGCAGUCAAUUAUUUGAUUUUUAUCGUACACGAGAAGUAGAAUUACAACGGUUUACUUUACAAUUCAUUCCAGUAUUGAUACGUUUAUAUUUAGGAUGCGUUGCACACGGAGAUAAGCGCUCAUGUCGAUCGAUUGAAACAUUAUUAAUUGGUAUCUAUAAUUUAGAAAUUGUUGAUGAAAAUGGUCAACCAAAAGUGAUUUCAUUUCGUCUACCGAGUAUUGCGCAAUCGUCAAUUUAUCACGAGCCAAUAAGUUUAGGACCAUCAUUUUUAACUACGAAUGUGCUAAGACGUUUAGAAGAAUGCAAUAGUAAACUAGUGAGUUGGGGUCCAUUACAACAGGUGGAAGCAUUAAAUGCACAAAAUCGAUUAAACGUUAUGACAGCAUUAAUGUUCCUAUUUAAUCGGCAUUUAAGUCGAAUUAAUCAUAAAAUUACAUUAGAAUAUUUGUGUAAAUCUAUUUUAAAGUUAGUGACCCAAGGAUUUUAUCGCCCGGGUCAUGCGCAACGGUCCUCAUAUGGUAGUAAUGAUUCCACAUCUUCAAAUAAUAUUCGAUCAGGAAGCCAACCUCCACGUGUUCCAUUAUCAUCACAAUUUUUAUUAGAGUUAUUACAUGCGUUAUAUUAUGCAGCAUUUAAUGGGCAAGAGUAUUUAGCAAAUCAAUCGAUUGAAUCCAUACAUCAACGCGCAUGCUACGAAUCGUUUGUAGAUGUACAAUUAUUAGCAAAUGCUAUUAAACAUUCGCUUCGAUUAAGUGUGACAAGUGAACGUCCAAUGGGGAUAAGUAUGGCAAUUGGCACAACAACAAAUACACCAACAGUGUCCAAGUCAAUGAUCACAAAUGCAUCGUUUCGGAUUAAAAAAUUACCAGAGGAUAUACCGAUUCAAAACAAAGAUGAAGCGAACGCCGAUGGUAAGAAUUUAGUAUCAAUAACGGAAGAACACGAAGAUGAUGUGGUUACAGCGAAUGCACCCGAAAAAAUCAAAACAUCAAAGCAAAUUAAGGAUGCUGUACCAAAAAGUUUACCAAAAUUACCAACAUUUUCAGGUCUUGGUAAAAAACUAAACAAAGAUAAAGAACAAAAACAAAAUGAUAAAACUAAUGUAACAUCGUCUUCGACGGUAGCACUAUCGCCAGGGGAUUCUGGUGAUAAUAAUCCAACAAAAAAGGUUAUUACACAAAAGGAUGGUGUUACAAAGGGCAAUCGAAAUUCAAUUACAUUAACCGAUGGUGUUCUGAAUGAUAUUACAUCGAAAAAGUCAACAAGUUCGUUAAAUAAUAACUCUAACGGAUCAAUAAUUGUUUUGGACAGUAAAAAUAUUGAAAUCACCACGGAAAAGGUAAGUUUAGUAUCAGAUUCUUUACAAGAAGACACAUCACAAUCUGUAAGUCAUGAUGACGAUUCAGCGUCAAUAAUUUUGGAUGAACAUCAUAAUGUCGAAAGUUCAGCCAUGAUUCCAUUGAUGACACUUCAAGAGAAUGAUUUGAAACCUUCCAUGCAAGUUAGUUCAGUUUAAAAACCAGAUUAGGCUAUGCACAUUUAGAGGGGAGCGGUUAUUUUAUUGAAUAUAUGGGGAUUUCAAUGUAAAAUUAUGGUGUUUUAAAAGAUACAAAGAUUAAGGAGAAUGUAAAAAGAUGAAGUAAUUGUUUUAAUUUUUUUUAAAGAAUUGACGAUAUUGUUCGAAUUUAGUAUAAGUUGUACUAUGGGGCUGCCAUUUCGAAAAAUUUUGCUUAAAAAUAAAAAAGCAGCUGUAAAAUUUACUUCGCAUAAGACACAAAAGCAAUGUACACCCAAGUUCAUUUUCCAAUUCUCUUUGUAUCUAUUCUCCAAUUCUCUGCAUUUCUGAGUUAAUGAUUAGAAAUUUUCUCAAGGUCAAUUUGGAUACUAAUGAAAAAUUUGGUAAUUUUUUUUAUUUUUUAAUUAAGAUAAGUAUUUAUUUUGUUAACGCCAUUUUUAUGUAUUUGGAAUACACAUUUAUAAUAUUUUAAUCUUGUUAAAAAAGAGUUACAUAUCCCAACUAAAAUAUUUAAUUGUUUAAUUACCUUGUUUAAUUGAGAAUUAAUUCUGGGACCUAUAAUUAUUAAAAUUGGUAAGUUAUAUAAAAAACCUGAAUAUGUCUCGAAAUGUAAUUAAGGAUUUCGUUAAAGGGUU